UCUAUGAGAGGAUUUGUGCGGGUGCAAACCUGGCAACCCGGCAGCGUCAACCGCCGUUGCCCUUGUUGUUCAGCCGAACUGCACUUCCGCGUCUUCGGCUUCCCUGCGCCCUGUGCCCCAAGCAGUGAUCAGGGAACAGCGCAUGGAUCCGUAAACCCAGCGCCGGUUCUCAACUCAAAACACGAGUCAGUGACGAAGACCGCUCGGGCCGAGCCGUACCUCCUCAUGUGUAUCAUCUUCUUCAAGUUUGACCCAAGGCCUGCAUCCAAAAAUGCCUAUAGGCUCAUUUUGGCCUCGAACAGAGAUGAGAUUUACAUCAGGCCGUCCAAAGCUGCCGACUGGUGGGGCAGCGGCAAAGACAUCCUCAGCGGUGUGGAUAUGACGGAAGGGAAGGAAGGUGGAUCCUGGCUCAGCAUCAGUAAACGAGGCAAACUCACAGCUCUGACCAAUUACCUGGAACACAAGAACAAUCCGGAAGCUCUGGGCAGAGGGUUUUUGGUGACGAAUUUCAUGACCGAGAACUUGGACAGCUUCUCGUACCUGCGCAAGCUGUCGUCCGAGGGUCACCUGUACAACGGCUUCAACCUCCUCACCGCCGAAUUCAGAGCCAAUGAGGACACUGUGUGUUACUAUGGAAACAGGGGCAGUCCGGAACCUGAGCGCCUCAAAGCAGCAGGAAUCUAUGGUCUCAGUAACUCUCUGUUGGACACUCCCUGGAGGAAGAUGCAGCACGGUAAACAGCGCUUCACCAGUGUGGUGAAUAAAAUGCUGCCCCCUGAAGGUCUUGUCCAGGAACUGCUGCAAGUCCUUAACGACGAGGAACUAAAUACACCAGACAGCAUGCAGGAGAGUCAAGGUGAAGGCUACAAUAAGACCUGGCUCAAAGCUCUGUCCGCUGUGUGUGUACGUGCCCCGGGUUACGGCACCAGGACGAACACCAUCAUCCUGAUUGACAACGAAAACAACGUCAGCUUUACCGAGCGCACCAUGUUGAACUGCGACGUCACCCAGUGGAGCACACGGUCCUUCCAGUUCAAGCUGCAGGAAUAAGCAGGCCACGCCCACCACUGCCACUCGUGCCUUUUUCCCCUCGUUCCAUUUCACUCUUAGACUUUUUCCCCCUGAAGGCGAUCGGAGGGCUUUUUAUCUGCAGGCAUCGCUGGGCAGGUUCAUGAAUUCUUCGUCACGUGGCGGACCCUGAUCAUGACGUCUGUGGUAGUUUUGAAUGUUGCACUAAAUGUUAUUUUGGCCAUAAAAAAAAAAAAAAAAAAACUAACUACAGUUUCUCAACAUUGAUAUGAGGCGUGUUAUAGUAGAGUAGUGUUAUAUUGAUCUCUAAUUGUUUUGAAGGCUUUCUGCCAAAGAAACCAGACUGUUUAUUUUUUCAUUAGGAGACAUCAGUGUUUCAUUAGUCACCUGGUAUAAAUGGUUCAGCUCACGUAUAGCACAACUCAGGAACUGCACACCAUGUACAGAGCUCUGAUCACCACAAUAAACCUUAUUUCACCUUCCAAAA